AUGUCUUAUAAUCAUCAACCGCAGCUCUCGGUGAAUUCGAUACAGUCGUUGGUGGAGCCCGUGACACCUCCACCGCUAGGUCAGAUGAACAACAAGAAGUACCACCAGAAGACUCAAUCGCUGGAUCUGUCCGAGUUCAACCAGUUCAUCUCGUCGUCGUCCGCUAGCGAGUCGCCUCUGGCAAUGGCGAAGAAUUUCUCGCCGAACGCCACUGCUGCAAACAAUGCGUCCUCGAAUCUGCCUUUGAUUAACGAGUUUGAGAUAGCCUUUGAGAACUGCAAUGCAAACUCGACCAACUCGAACACUACAACGACUGCUUCCUCGUUGAGGAAUGUCUCGAUCACUUCCAAUGAGCAGCUUUUGAACAAUAACCCCAUGCUAGAGAUCACUUCUCUGCCCCUGAGUGAGCUGGACUACGUCAAGCUGGCUACGGAUCAGUUCGGUUGUCGCUUCCUCCAGAAGAAACUGGAGUCUCCCUCGGAGUCCAAUAUUGUCCGUGACUUGAUGUACGAUCAGAUCAAGCCAUACUUUCUGGAGCUGAUCCUGGACUCUUUUGGGAACUAUCUCAUCCAGAAGCUCUGUGAGUAUCUCACGGCUGACCAGAAGACUACGUUGAUCCAGUCGAUCUAUCCGAAUGUUUUUCAGAUUUCUAUCAACCAGUACGGAACCCGGUCGCUCCAAAAGAUCAUAGACACUGUUGAUAACGAAAACCAGAUCGAUCUGAUCAUUAAGGGCUUUUCCCAGGAGCACACCACGGUGGAUCAGGUUGUGACCUUGAUCAAUGACUUGAACGGCAACCAUGUGAUCCAGAAGUGUAUCUUCAAGUUCCCACCUUCGAAGUUCAGCUUUAUCAUCGAUGCCAUCGUUGAGCAAAAUAAUAUCAUUACUGUUUCUACCCACAAGCACGGCUGCUGCGUUCUGCAGAAAUUGCUGAGUGUUUGCACUUUGCAACAGAUUUUCAAAAUAUCGGUUAAGAUCGUCCAAUUCUUGCCGGGUCUUAUCAACGACCAAUUCGGUAAUUACAUCAUUCAGUUUCUGCUAGAUAUCAAGGAAUUGGAUUUUUAUUUACUGGCUGAAAUUUUCAACAGGGUAUCCGGCGAACUUUGUCGGUUAUCUUGCCUAAAGUUCUCCUCCAACGUUGUUGAGAAGUACAUCAAGAAGCUAUUUCGCACCAUCGUCGUGACCGUGCCCAAGAGCGAUAGCGAAGUUGCGAGGGAUUUGAACGAUGACGUCGUCUCGGCGGCAAUGCGUAUUUUGCUGACAAUAAUCGAUAUUUUUACGCUGAAUUUGAAUAUAUUGAUCAGGGACAACUAUGGCAAUUACGCUCUUCAGACGUUGCUAGAUGUCAAGAAUUACUCUUUGAUAUUGGAGUACCCAGGUAACCCUGUUAUUAGGAAUAGUAGGUUGGCCAAGUUCAGUCAUGAUUUUACUGCGAAGAUUGGAAACUUGGUAGUUAUGACAAAGGAGUUUUUGCCCAGCAUCAAGACCACUUCAUAUGCGAAGAAGAUUAAAUUGAAGGUGAAGUCGUAUGCGGAAUUAAGUGGGAUCCAAUUUGGCGACCUUUCUCCCAAGAAAGCUACGCAUAACCACAACAGCAAUGGGAACCAGGGCGGCAACCAUUUUGGUCACUUUAAGAACAACAAGAGUGGUUCUGGAGCAGGCCAGAAGCAGCAUGCUCGCCACUUUUCAUUGCCCGCUAAUGUAUAUCACAGGAGAAGCAGCAGCUCAGCAUCGCUACCUUUCGCAGUCCCCCAGCAAGGAGUACAACAAAACCAAAAUAUCAUGAACACUCUCUGCGACCAUGUGGGAGUGAACUCUGUGAGCUCAAUAAGCUAUCAGUCGCCAUACGUUCCGAACGGGUCCUUAACUCAAGGUUUCCCACCGCAGCAACCAUUUGUCGGCACUCCGCUACCAAAGCCAAAUUCAAAUCCGAACCUGCAGAACGAACAUCAGCCCAUUGUCAGCAUGGGCUUCGUAAACGACAGCAGUAGCAGCAACAGUAGCAGCACCAAUUUAUUUCAGAAUACUGGUAACGAUUUAACGAUGAUGAACACUUUUGCAUAUUCAACAAGUUCUCAAUCAAGCCUAAGGGAACCCAAUUUUUCCCAGCAGAGAGUUGUCAGCAACCCCUUCCCAAUGCAGCCGCAACCUUUCCAGCAACAGCCUAAUUUGAUGGGGACCAACUAUCUCACUCCUCCAUUAUAUAUGGAUGGUGUUCAAGGUGAUUAUGUGCAAGGUAGUAAGCAGCAUUUUGGGUUUCAUUGA